UGGGCUGUCCCCAAGGUGUCCCCACCCCGUCCUGAGGGUGCCAGGGCUCCUCUUUGGGGUCCUGGGCUGUCCCCAAGGUGUCCCCACCCCGCUGAGCUCCUUUUCCUUCCAGAUGGGGAAGGGGCCGAGGGCGGAGCUCGAACCCGCGACGGUUUCUCCAGCAGCAGCGGCUCCAUCUCGGAUCAGGAGCUGCUGGAGCUCUCGGAGCAGCUUUACCAGGCCGAUCACAACAAAGCCCGGCCCGGUGACAUCGCCAUCAACCCCCAGCACCGCGCGGGCCCCGACGAGACCGGCGACSGCCAGGACCGCUCCCCGCAGCCGCUCUACAAAUACGUGAACGAGGAGCUCUUCUCCAAACCCACCUACGCCAGCUUCAUUAAGCUGCUGGAUAAUUACCAGAGGGCCACGGGCACGGAGGAGGAGGUGACGGCCGAGGAGCUGCGCGAGCAGGAGCGGUUCCUCCAGGAGGUGAUGAAAACAGAGCUGAUGCAGAAACUCUCGGCUU